GCAAGCAGUGCCGAACGUCGUCGUCGUUUCUCAGUGUCGCCGCGGCGGUCGUGCCAGACGGUUCUCUUAUGGAAGUUUUUCCUAGUGCGCGCGCAGCGUCUCGUUUCGUUUCGUUCCCUUCCGAACGCGUGAGUUUGAUACAACGUGCAACCCGCUGGAUUAUAUUGGAUUAAGUGUACUUACGCGUGGACGUGUCCAGAGGAUCAUUGACUCGGUGACGCUCUAGAAUCGCAAUACGGUCAACGGAAUCACGGAGAAAAACAAACGGGGCAGCAGAUUUCGGAACAGCUCGUCCAAGGAUACCAGCGUUCGGUGUUGUGACAACAUUGCGACUUUAUCGACGAAUACAGUUUGUCGUUACGGUACGCCUGUCGCACCAAAGGUCGUGGUCGAAGCGCGUGUAAACGAAGAAACAUCGAGACGAUCCGCCAUCGCGAGUUUGAAAAGUGUAACAACGCCGAACGCCACGUGCUACACUCACGCCACUACGGAGCUGAAUUUCGAAUUCCGCGCGAUUCCCCGGUGUCUCGCGGUCGCGUCUCAUUCUCGCGGACAGAUCCGACGCAGUUUUCUCAGUGAAAAAUCCUAGUUAUCGGUGGCUAUAUUUCUCGUGGCCGUGGAACACACGGCGGGUGGCACAUUGUAGCGUGUCUUGCGGCACGUUUGUACAAGUGGAUUUAACCUUGCGAUCGAACACGUGGAUGCAUGCCGUCCUGUCGACGACGCCGUGCUUCUGAGAGGCGAAGCUGCCUGCACGAAAAUUCCAGGUGCACAAGAAAAUGCGCGUGAGGUCAAGGUGACGGUAGAGCAUGGAGACCAUGCAAGACAGCGGCGGGCUGCAUGUCGAUGGCUCGAAAGGAAGUGUCGCGUCGGGUUUGCCCAGCUCGAAAACGGCGAAUCAGUUGAAAAUAGUGGAAAGUUGUGAUGAAAGUGGCAAGCUGCUGACCGCAACCAAAUCGGAGAUGGAUCCAUACAAGGAGUUGGAGCUGUAUCUCGCCAAAGUCAACGAAGAGAUCGGUGAAAUUAUCGAGUCAGCGCCGACGACUCCCCUGAUCGUCGCAGACGAGCCAAAGUAUCCGACGGAGCCAACGCCGGUGCAGCAGGCCAGCUACGCGAGCGAGCUGUGCAACGCGAAAUCCUUGUCCGCGAAAAGCUGCGGGUUCAGACGACAGAACUCCGCAGGCAGGAGCAGCAACGCCGCGGAGGACAUAGGCGAUUGGUCGAACAGCAUCCUGGCGGAGUUCAACACGAUCAUCGCGAACGAGAUCGACGAGCUGACGAAAGAGCUCGAGCGGAAGAGGAAGAAGGAAGAGCGAAGGAUCGUGCAGUACAAGGAGCUGCUGAACGAGUUCGGCAUAUCGGACAGCGAGAGUUCCGCUGGAAGCUCGUGCGAGGCGAGCACCGAUCGAUCAUCGUCCCGGCCGAACAAGGAGAACCGUGAUCGACGAAAUGGAAAGUUGUUCAGCGACGAGACAGGCUAUCGCUUCCUGUUGAGCUCGGACUACGACGAGCCGCGGGACCGGGUCGUUUCCGCGGAAAACGAGCGGAGAAAGAGCGGAAGCCUGCCGGAGGACCUGCAGCGCGUGUUCGUCGCACGCGGAAGAUACCCUGAACUCGGGGAUGUCCUGAACUCGGACUACGACGAGCCGAAUAAUUCGCCAGCGAUGAGCUUCGUGGACGACCACGGGCAGAUCGAUCGGAACACUUCUAGUCUACCGUCGAAACUGGAUCGCGGACACGUGCAGAAAUAUGAGGAGGGUUCGCGCGCCAAGUACCUCGGAAACAGUUACGACCAACCAAAGAAACACGUAGAGAUAAGUUCGAAGACCAAUGAAGACGUGGACGAGAAGAGGGCGACCGGGCCUUCGCGGAUCGGUCCGGGCAGCCGGCUCGGCAUCGACGCGGAUAAAACGAUCGACGAUUCGAACGCGAAAUUACCACCGAGACAACGCUCGGACGCCCACAGGAAGAGCAGUCUUCCGGUGAAUUUGGCGAUCCAGAAACGAAGGAGGACGCCCAGGUUGGCGAGGAUCCGACGCGCCGACGAGCAGAACGCGAUGGAUCCCGAGUACGACCUGGACGAGGAUAAAAUUCCAGUUGGGCCCAGGUCGUUGGACGGUAACGGGCCUAAAUCGGCACCGGUCACGCCAACGGAGGAGAAGAAGUCCCCGUUCUCCAAGUUCCUCUGGAAGAAACACACGCCGGUCUUCCACGAGAACACGGAGGACGUGGUCCUCGUCAGAGUGUCCUCGUUGCCCGAUCAAGACUUCCUUCAGUUGGACAACGAUACGGAUGGACGAUCGAAGAACGGUCGGAGCGACUCGAAGGAUAGCCUCUCGAAGAAGAGGGCCGUGUCGCCUUUGACUCUGCGCUCGGAUAUAUCGGCGAAACGAUUAUCCGAGUCCGACAAGGACGUGAGACAGGUCAGUCCGGUGGAUUUGAAAAAGUUCUCGCUUUCGAGGUCCAGGGGGAACGACGUGGGUGUGAACUGCGAUCUUCCGGAAGACGACAACGCUGGCUCCAUCGGCAGCGUGGACAGCGGGAAGUUCGAUCGGGUGGAGAACGUGGACGUGAAGAAAAUACUGGACGAGCAGAAUUCCAGAUCCGGUUCGAAAGCGGAUGAUAGCACGUUACCGGUAACGAGAUCGGAUCUGUACUUCGAGUAA